UGAUCGAGGAAUGUACUUGUUACAAAACAUAACAAACAAGCCGAUUGUAUUGUUUUAUCAAAGCAGAGACGGUAAAGCGCGUGGCAAACAUUAAUACUCCUUUUAAUUGGAUGUAAUCACCGGAGUAUGUUCACCAAUGGAUCCAGCUACAACCGUACCGCCGUUACAGAACGAUUGUGAGACAGAGACUAGUUCUGUUUGGAGCUGGUGGCCCUCCUGGCGUCCGACCUCCAUGUCUCUUUUAAAGACUACAGAGUCCAAGAUUCUUGCAUGUAUUCAGAAUGACCUUUGGGCUAGAUUUGUCACUCUAUCAAACCAGGAUCGAAUAUGGACUCUUACGGUCACUAACAAGGCAGCGCAGAAACCUGCAGAACAAGCCACAAAGACUCCCCUGGUGAUGGUCCACGGUUUUGGAGGAGGGGUUGGCCUGUGGAUCAGGAACCUAGAGCCGCUGAGUCGCUCCCGGCCCGUUUACGCCUUUGACCUCCUUGGCUUCGGCAGGAGCUCCAGGCCUCACUUCCCCUCAGACGCUGUCAAAGCAGAGGAGCAGUUUGUUGAUUCCAUUGAGCAAUGGAGGCAAUCUGUUGGCUUGGAGAACAUGAUUCUGCUGGGGCACAGUCUGGGGGGAUACCUGGCUACCUCCUAUGCCAUCCAGUACCCGUCUAGAGUGUCUCACCUAAUCCUGGUCGACCCCUGGGGUUUCCCGGAGCGACCCAAGGCUCAGACCCAGCAGGCUCAGGGUCAAGGGGCAGACGUGGUAAAAAGACCACCCCCUCCUCGCUGGGUGAAAGCUAUUGCAGCGGUGGUCUCCCUCUUCAACCCCCUGGCUGUCAUCAGAGCAGCAGGCCCGUGGGGUCCGGGGUUGGUGAACAGAUUCCGGCCUGAUUUUAAAAGAAAAUUUGAAGAUCUAUUUGAUGACGACACAAUGACCCAGUACAUCUACCACUGUAACGCACAAACCCCGAGUGGUGAGGUGGGUUUCCGGGCCAUGUCAGAGUCUCUGGGCUGGGCAAAAAGGCCCAUGCUGCAGCGGGUUCACCUGCUGCCCCCCUCCAUGCCUCUCACCAUGCUGUAUGGAGCUCGGUCCUGGGUGGACAGCUCGUCUGGGGACAUGGUGGCCCAGAUCAGAGAAAAGGCCUACACUAAAGUGCAGCUGAUAAAUGAAGCCUCUCACCAUGUCUACGCUGAUCAACCAGAGACGUUCAACAGAGUGGUGGAAAAAAUAUGUAAUACUGUAAACUGACAGCCUGACUGUGUGUGAGUGAGCGUGUGAGUGUAAAGGCUGAGCGUAUGCAGGCAUUUCAUGUUACUUUUAGUAAAGUAAACUUUGCAUGUCAAGCAUUCUGACUGAAUCUGCGUCAGGGCCUAUCUGAACAUCAAGAGUGUGAUUGUAGAGUCAAUCAGCGGGUUAUUUUAUUCUGUUAAGGGCAUAUUUACAUUUAUAAGCUGAUAUGUUGAAAUUAGCAUUAAAGGAUUUAUUUAUA